ACCGUUCCAGUGGAUAUUACUAGAACUAUAUGGAACAGUUUGGAAGAUAUAACUGUUCCAAUGGAUGUUCCAAUGACCUCUAAAUGGGCCAAGACGUGGUACAUUUUUCAGCAUCAAGUGACAUAG